CGGGAUCAUCGGUCGUCAUAUAUCGCGACCAUACAUACUAUAACCACAACAACACGGCGAGAGUAGCAUCUAGUUCUAGUCUCAUAGCUUUGUUGAUCUUGCGCUGAGUAACGAUAUUACUCUCCGGUUGGUCCGUCCGCAAACUAUUGAGCGGCGGUAGAGUUCUGUCGCCAUCACCCCGCACUCCACAGCAGAUCGUUCCCCGGAUCAUCAAUCUUGAGGCUUGCUCAACCUGGCGCCAACAACCAGAGGUUUUGGUGUGUGUCGUCUUCCCUUGGACAUCUUCGUUAGACCUCGACCAGGUCGAUCUAUCCUCUCACAAACCAGGGCUCGGUUUCGAUCCCACUUCGCCAUGGCCUGGACUUGCUCGGGCGCCACCAAUACGGCGCUCAUCGAGAACAUGUGGAAGAAUGGGCUGAUUACAGAUUCCCGGAUCAAAGAAGCCUUCCUCAAGGUCGACCGCGCCAACUACUCGCCCUCGAUGCCCUAUGAAGACUCCCCCCAACCCAUCGGCCACAACGCCACCAUCUCGGCGCCGCACAUGCACGCGGCCGCCAUCGAGCACAUGCUCUCCUACGUCCUCCCCUCCAGCGCGUCGCCCGCCCCGCGCGUGCUCGACGUGGGGUCCGGCUCCGGCUACCUGACGCACGUGCUGGCCGAGCUGGUUGGCGAGAGGGGCCUCGUGGUCGGGCUGGAGCACAUCGAGGAGCUCAAGGUGCUGGGAGAGGUCAAUAUGGGCAAGAGUAGUGAGGGGAGGCGGCUGAUUGAGAGUGGCAAGGUGCGGUUUCGGUUGGGUGAUGGCCGGAAAGGAUGGGAUGAGGCGCCGAGGGAGGGAGAGGAGAGCCAGGGCACAGGAUGGGAUGUCAUCCACGUCGGCGCAUCAGCGGUAGAGAUUCAUCCCCAACUGCUCGACCAAAUGAAGUCUCCGGGGUGCAUGUUUAUCCCCGUAGACGACGACGAUUCCGGCUACAGCCAGCACGUCUGGCGGAUCGAGAAGGAUGGGAACGGGGAGAUUACUAGGAAGAGACUGUUUGGUGUGCGCUACGUUCCCUUGACGGAUGCGCCGAGGAGGAGAUAGUGUUGGGGAAUGAACCUGACGACUACGCGGGCAUGGACAGGAUGCAUACAGUUUGACAUAUGAUACCCGGCUACCAGUUUACCGAUGCAUUCAUUUCUCACCCGAACAAAUAGCCUUCGAUUUAAGUUCAGUCUAGUUUUUCGUCCUCAUGAGUUAACCGUCUUUGAAAAU